UCCUGGCUGGUACCUUUAAAACCCAGUGUUCAGGGGUAGGAGCAAGCUCAAGGUACUACGGAAGGUCUAUAGAGAUACAGAAGGCUCUGAAGCAUGGAAAGUCUCUGUGCAGCAAAUGCCACUUUUGCACUGGACCUCUUGAGAAAGCUGUGUGAGAAGAAAARUGGGCAGAAUGUGUUCUUUUCCCCACUGAGCCUUUCUUCUGCUUUGUCUAUGGUUUUGUUGGGUUCAAGAGGUAGCACUGAAGCUGAAAUAACAAAGGUGCUUUCUCUGAACAAAGCCCAGGAUGCUCACAAUGGCUACCAAUCCCUUCUCUCUGAAAUUAAUGAUCCAAGCACCAAAUACAUUCUGAGAACUGCAAAUCGGCUUUACGGAGAAAAGACAUUUGAGUUUCUUCCAUCGUUUAUAGAGUUGAGUCAGAAGUGCUACCAUGCUGGACUAGAGCAGACCGACUUCAUUCAUGCUUGGGAGAACUCCAGGAAACAAAUCAAUGASUGGGUAGAGGAAAGGACUGAAGGUAAAAUUCAGAACCUGUUGGCAGAGGGGAUUCUGGAUUCSCUGACCAGACUUGUGUUGGUGAAUGCCAUCUAUUUCAAAGGCAACUGGGAAAAGCAGUUCAAGAAAGAGAGUACCACAGAAAGACCGUUCAAAAUUAAUAAGAAUGAGACCAGACCUGUGCAGAUGAUGUUCAAGACAGACAGAUUUAACAUGACCUAUAUUGGGGACUUCCAGACCAAAAUCCUUGAGCUCCCCUAUGUKGGUAAUGAACUGAGCAUGAUCAUCCUGCUCCCUGAUGCAAUCCAGGAUGGAUCCACUGGCUUGGAAAGACUGGAAAGAGAACUUACAUAUGAGAAGCUAAUAGAUUGGAUCAAUCCUGAAAUGAUGGACUCCACAGAGGUGCGAGUGUCUUUACCCAGAUUUAAACUGGAAGAAAAUUAUGAUCUGAAACCCCUUCUGAGCAGCAUGGGAAUGCCUGAGGCAUUUGAUUCGGGAAAGGCAGACUUUUCAGGAAUGUCAUCUGGCAACAAGCUGGUGCUAUCUAAAGUGGUUCACAAGUCCUUUGUGGAAGUCAAUGAAGAAGGCACUGAAGCAGCUGCUGCCACAGCAGCAGUGAUGAUGAUGCGCUGUGCCAUGAUAGUUCCGGAUUUCACUGCUGAUCAUCCCUUCCUCUUCUUCAUCCGGCACAACAAAACUUCCAGCAUCUUGUUCUGUGGCAGGUUUUGCUGUCCCUAAGGAGGAGAUGUCUUG